GAAGAAGACCCUCACAGCGGGGGCGCACAUCGUCGCAUCGCGUCGCACUCGCCCCAGAGAGGCUGUCACGGUGCGCUAUUAAUAUAUCCCUUCGAGAAGCGCGCAACAGUAGUCCACGACCGUCUUCAGAAGUGUGAACGCGGAGCGAGAAGUGUUUUGGUCAUGCUCGGCUACGACGGUGACGACUAGUCGUGCCGGAAUAUUCGAGGAGAGCAGGAGGACAUCACCGAGAGACGAGGCCGAGACGACUAUUACGACGAUUACAAAGACGAUCGACGUGUUCGCGUUCCGAGGACUAUGGAGCGACUCGGGAUUCGGGAGCGACUCCCGGCCGGUCGCCGGAUCGUGAUACGGGUCACGGGAUGGUUCCUUUGGGACGUGUGCAAUUGGAUGUAUCGACGGGCGAUGGGCCUCGACGUGGGACGCGACAAUGGUGACGGUAACGCGAUGGCGACGGCGAUGACCUCGUCGAAGUCCCAGAAAGAGACGACCGUCGCGUCGUCGUCGUCAUCGUCGUCGUCGUCGUCGUCGUCGUCGUCGCCGUCGUCGUCGUCGUCGUCGUCGUCGUCAUCGUCGUCGUCGUCUUCGUCGUCAUCGUCGUCGCGCGAGCGCGAAUUGUCGGGCCGUAACGAGUUCGCGGUGUGCCAGAGUGAAAUGUGCCGAUAUUGUCGUGCCAUGGAGAAGACGCUGUUCUGGGAGGAUUUCACCUUCUUCAUCAACCUUUACCUGAUCAUCGGGCUCAACGCGGCGUUCUGGAUUUAUAGCCUGACGGGAAUAUCGGCUUCACAGAUGCCUUUUAGAAUUGUCACUGUUUAUUUUAUUAUUCAAAUAAUGAUCGCUUUCAAGUUCAUGGAUACUCUAGCCCCUGCAGAGGAGCGUCAGAGGGUAUGCAGUAGCCUUCAUUGGUUGUGGAAAAGUUUAAGGAAGUUGCGAAGCGAGAAACCAGGACUGCAUUGCGCUGUCCUCUGUCUCGUGGCCUUCGGCCUAUGGCUCUUCGGACAUAUUAAUCUAUCAACCUCUUAUUCGAUAUAUUGGGGCAUUGUACUGGGCUCUCUAAUACUGCGAUUACCGUUGAAACUGUCCGACAAAGUAUCGGAGUACUUCAUGUCGCACAGAGAAUGGCAAUGUGAUAGUGAAAUCGAAGAUGAGUUUUUACCUGUGGUGACCGAAGCGAAUUUACAAGUAUUGAAUCGAGUGGGAGAGACCGGCGAUCAUUCGCCAACACCGACAAGCGUGCAGUCGGAUACUCAAAACGAUUCAUUUUAUGACGAGGAUUUUAUCGAGGGUCUUCAAGAGAUAGCAUUCAGUAUACCCUAUCACGGGGAAGGUAGCACCGACGGUGUCGAACUAUCGGAACUGGAGCUCAGCGUCGGCGAAAACGAUGCCGAAGAGAACGGUAUAAAGUUUCAGACCGGUCAUUUCGAGAAGAGUUCCUCGUCUUCUUCUGAAGAAGUCUUCGACGCAAAGAAAAUUGUCGCCGUGAGCAGCAGCGACGAGAGCAAUGGCGAUAGUGAUUUCGAGAUAAUCGACAAGGAUGAAAUAACGGAGAUGGAAAUGUGAUGGAGCUCGACGAACGCCGCAGAAAAAAGUGGUAUUACGUACGCUUAAUUAUAAUACAAAGCUAAAAGAACCAUCCCUGAUCUUUAUAAUUGGUCGCACAUCAAAUAAAAAGAAUUAAAUCGAGCAACGAUAAACAAUAGCGACCUCGCUUCAAACAUUGCCGAUUGCCUCGGCCGAAUGUGAUGACGUAUGUAGAAUAAUAAAAGGAAAAAUAAAAUCCAUUUUAUUUAACGAUUGUCUCCCGAUCGUAACACUCGCGUACAAAGUAUCCGAUGUUGGAACCUUCGAAAGGGCGAAGAUGAGAAAAAAGGAAAAUUUAUUUAUUUGAAUGAAUUCAGUCGAACACCUACAUUUUUUAAUCUCCGCCGCUUCUAAUCUUCCGUUGCAAAAGAAGUAAUAAGGAAUAGAUAGGCAGAGAUUUGAGAAUAGGGGGACUCAACUGUAGAUACGUAUAUAUGUACAAUGUGAUACCGCUAGUAUCGUAUUUAAUGUCUUGGAUGAUAAAUAGGCGUAUGUACAUUUGCAAUGUAAUAAAUAUGCACCUGUGUACAAAUGUUUUAACCCGAAGUGUCAGUUUGUUUGACCUAAUUGCUUGUAAUUAAGCGACUGCAACGGCGCAGUGUGACAGUAAGACGCGGAGGUACCUAAAAAUGAUCAAUAAAAACUGUACUCUGGUAACGCGACAAAUUUAGAUGUAUAAGAAUGUAUCAUAUUGUAACAAUGUGUCUGUGAGGUGUGCAUAAAAAGAAACAAUGCGCGAGAAGAUAUUGACAAAGUGUUUGUCGAGCGCGUUUUUGUAGCCCGUUUAUAAUUGGUGUUUGCCGUCUUGCUCUUGUCUAUGCAUCUCGUACAUUUGAAAAUACACGAUACAGACGAUACAGAAA